GCGCUCCGGCAAGACCGGGCUGGCGCGGGUGCGGAGGCAGUGGCUGCAGCCGAUUCCCCCUCCUCGAGUACUACGAGACCGUUCGUUUCCCCGGAUGAGCCACGGAUCAGGUUUCUGAGCCGGAAGAGGAGGGUCGGCAGAGCUCAGGGAUGGCGAAGGUCGUGACUCUGAGGGAGAAGCUGCAGCCACAGCCCCAGGGGCCGGGGAGAAGCGACGGUGCCGUCUGAGCACCUGCUGGAGACGGGGCAGGAGGAACGGUAACCCCGGGAGAGCACAGGCUGGCUCCAGAAUGUGGAGAUGACGCCUCCGGGGGCCCAGGCCUCCCUCCCACCCGGGUGCUAGGAGCCGUGCCCAGGUUCCAGCCAGGAGCCCUGCCGCCCAGGGGCAUGGCCAAACCUUUCUUCCGACUCCAGAAGUUUCUCCGCCGGACGCAGUUCCUGCUGUUCUUCCUCACGGCCGCCUACUUGAUGACCGGCAGCCUGCUGCUGCUGCAGCGGGCCCGAGUGGCCCUGCCACAGGGUCCUCGGGCACCAGGCUCCCUGCAGGCCUUACCCGUGGCCGCCAUGGCGCUGGGCGUGGGCCUGCUGGAUAGCAGAGCCCUGCAGGACCCCCGUGUCAGCCCAGAGCUGCUGCUCGGCGUGGACAUGCUGCAGAGCCCCCUGGCCCGGCCCCGGCCUGGCCCCCGCUGGCUCCGGAGCCGCAACUCUGAGCUGCGCCAGCUGCGGCGCCGCUGGUUCCACCACUUCAUGGGUGACCCCCGGGGGCUGCCCGCCCUGGGCCCUGAGGCCCCCAGGCCAGCGGCCAGCAGCCGAGGCACCUAUGUGGGCUGCUUCAGUGACGAUGGCCAGGAGAGGACUCUGAAGGGCACUGUGUUUUUUGACUUGAGAAAGAUGACCGUCUCCCACUGCCAGGACGCCUGCGCUGAGCGGUCCUACGUCUACGCUGGCUUGGAGGCCGGGGCGGAGUGCUACUGCGGGAACCGGCUCCCGGCAACCAGCGUGGGGCCCGAGGAGUGUAAACAGGAGUGCAAGGGCGAGAAGGGCUCCGUGUGCGGGGGCCUCGGCCGGCUCUCCGUGUACCGCGUGGAAGAGCUACAGCCGAGCUCCAGGAAGCGGAGGACCGUCACGUACCGUGGGUGCUUCGGCCUCCCGGAGAACAUCACGCACGCCUUCCCCGACUCCCUGAUGCAGGCCAACGUGACGGUGGACACGUGUUCGGGAUUUUGUUCCAAGAAAGAGUUCCCCUUGGCCAUCCUCAGAGGCUGGGAGUGCUACUGUGCUUACCCCACCCCCCAGUUCAACCUGCAGGAUGCUGUGGACGGCACACUGUGUGGCCAGGAGCCUGAGGCACAGAGGCUGGCAGAGUACUGCGCGGUCUACCAGACCCCCGUGCAAGACACCCGGUGCACAGACAGGAGGUUCCUGCCCACCAAGUCCAAAGUGUUCGUGGCUCUGUCCAGCUUCCCGGGAGCCGGGAACACCUGGGCACGGCACCUCAUCGAGCACGCCACCGGCUUCUACACAGGGAGCUACUACUUCGAUGGAGCUCUCUACAGCAAAGGGUUUAAGGGCGAGAAGGACCACUGGCGGAGCCGGCGCACCAUCUGUGUGAAGACCCACGAGAGUGGCAGGAGGGAGAUCGAGAUGUUCGACUCGGCCAUCCUGCUGAUCCGGAACCCGUACAGGUCCCUGGUGGCCGAAUUCAACAGGAAGUGUGCCGGGCACUUGGGCUACGCAGCUGACCGCAACUGGAAGAGCAAAGAGUGGCCGGAAUUCGUCCACAGCUAUGCCUCGUGGUGGUCCUCGCACGUCCUGGACUGGCUCAAGUACGGCAAGCGGCUGCUGGUGGUGCACUACGAGGAGCUGCGGCGCAGCCUGGUGCCCACGCUGCGGGAGAUGGUGGCCUUCCUCAACGUGUCCGUGAGCGAGGAGCGGCUGCUGUGCGUGGAGAACAACAAGGAGGGCAGCUUCCGGCGGCACGGCCGGCGCCCCCCUGAGCCCGAGCCCUUCACCCCGGAAAUGAAGGACUUGAUCAAUGGCUAUAUCCGGACAGUGGACAAGGCCCUGCGUGACCACAACUGGGCCGGGCUGCCCAGGGAGUAUGUGCCCAGAUGAUAGGCUCGGCCACUCUGCCCGCCCUGCUGAGAGCCGGCGCCCUAGGGCUGCACCCACUCAGAUGCUCCGGUGGCGGGGCUGCUCCCUCGUGCGCAGGGAGACCAGCCACAAGCCCGGAGCCUGCCCUCGCAGACCCGAUGCCGCAGGACCGACACAGAUCCAACUCAGCCAGACGCGCUUAGACACGCCACUCCACGCUCACUGUGCCUGUUUCGACAAGCCCAAGACACCACGCAGGGUGUGCCAGACACUCCCAGGCUUGCAAAUGCAAUCGCACGUAGCCGCCAGGUUACCUGCUCCCAGAGGCUGUCGGUCUGUCUGUCUCUCACACACAGUCACGCGUACACCAGGGCUCUCAGAAGCCCCGGGUUGUCUGUGUUCAGCCCCAGGCGUGGACUUGCUGGUCAGGGCUCCUGACUGUGGGAUGCUGGGCUGGGCGGGCAUCCAUGCUCCGGGCAGCAAGGACUCGGGCAGGAGGUGGGCUCAGGGACGUUGCUGGGCCACAUGGCGUGGCAUCCCAUAAAUGCGUGUGGUGACAGCCGGCACCACGAACUCUGCAGCCCUGCCUCCCCCUCUCUGUGGAUGGGCUGGCGGCACCGUGGGCAGAGUGGAGCACCCCCCACACACCCCAACCUCAGGACCCACUGCAGUUCUCCGCACCCCCUGCCGCCCCUUCCAGUAUGCGUGCUCCUUGGAGCGGGGCCGUGCCCGGCUUCUUUCUCCACUGUCCCCAGGAAAGCUGGGCAUUCACCCCAUGCCUCAGACACAGGGUGGGAGGCUGAGGGGACAGGGAGACGGAGGAGCUGGGCCUCAGGGGAGUCCUAGACCCCAAGGCCCUAUGUGCUCUCAGGAAGGGUUUAGGGGGGCAUGGGAAACCCAGUAAGUGGGUCUUGGGGAUCACUGUAACUACCCAUCUUGACAGGCCUCUGCUUCCUCUCCGUGGGGUCCCACCCUUGGGUCAUGAGGAAGGGGUGCUGCAUGGUCCAUCAGCAACAACCCUGGAUCCUUGUGGGGAGACCAUGGCUGCGACUUCUGCCUGACCCCCGUGGCCAUGGCUGAGCCCUCUCUGUCCCUGUUCCUCACCCACCACUUCCUGUCACUGGCCUCUGCCACACUGUCUCUGCUACACAGCCAUCUUUCCCAUUGUUCAUCCGUCCUCGACCAGUGCGGAGGGCACUCAGAGAUGCUGCCACCAGCUGAGUGCUGGCCUCCAGGAGGAGACCUGUAUGAAGGCAUCCUCCCCCCCAGCUCAGUCUAGUGGGGCCAGGCGUGGGGUCGUCACCCAUGGAGUGAGAAAGCCAGUCACAGGAGCGUGUGUGCCGUGCAGACUCCGGUGCUCGGCCCUGUGCUGGCUCCUCGGGGAGUGCACCGCAGCAACAGACCUGGCCUUGAGAGGUCUGCAGGGAUUACCCCCGCAAAGCAGAGGGGAAGGAUAAUUAAGGUACAGAGAACAGUGUGUGCAAAGGCUCAGAGGCUUGGAACACCUCUGGUGUGUUUUGUAAAACAGGUGAAUGGAGCGUGGGGUGUGUUUGUCUCUCCAUGUCUGCAGCAGGAGGGGAGUGGGUGGGUGAGGACAGAGGUGGAAACACCGAAAGGGACUCUGACCAUUUAGUGUUCAGCAUGGUAGGGGCAGAGGUGUUGAUGCUAAUUACCUUCCUGGGUCACCCGUGCUACAUGUCUUAGGCUCGGGAAGGAGGCUGCGGAGACCAGGAGUCCAGGUCUAGAGGUUGGAGUGGACCAGAGAGCAUGGCCCAGGACAGCUGAGAGAUGCAGGGAGGGUUGU